ACAUUUGCUGUGGAGUGCUGGAAAUUAUACGGGAAAUUUUUUUUGCUCACUUCUCUCUUGACCCUUUAAAGAUAAACAGCGCUUACUGCCAAUAUAUCAAAGGUUGAAUUUACACAACAGCUCAUUUACGGGAAAUCUGAAAUGGACAGAUAAAAGUGAGACUGAGUAUAAAUUACGUGGGCUGCAGCUUACAGACGCUGUAUAGAAAAACAGACAAACAGACAUGAUGAAGGUGCAUCUGCUUUGUUUUACUGUCGUUCUUCUCUCCUCACCGCUCCUAACACUAUGUGACCCACUAUUUGUCCUGUCGGCUCCUAAUUUACUGAGGGUGGGUUCCUCAGAGAACGUGUUUGUGGAGGCUCAAGAUUACGAUGGAGGCAACAUAAAUGUGAAGAUCGUAGUGAAGAACCAUCCACACAAAAAUCAGGACAUCUUUUCUGAAACAGUGACCCUGACUGCGGACAACAACUACCAGCUCCUUACAAAAAUAAAGAUACCUGAUGAUAAAAACCAUUUCACCGAUGAUCCUCUGGAGAAGCAGUAUGUGUAUCUAGAAGCUCAAUUUCCUACCAAAGUUUUGGAGAAAGUAGUCAUGGUCUCAUUUCAGUCUGGAUAUAUAUUUGUACAAACAGACAAACCCAUCUACACACCGGGUAGCACAGUUCUAUACAGGAUUUUCUCUCUGACUCCAAACCUGCAUCCACUUAGUCAAUCUGGAAUCUCAGUGGAUAUCAUGAAUCCACAAGAGAUCACAGUCUCAACAGAGAAGGUAUUUCCAGUGCAAGGGAUUAAGUCCGGAAAAUAUCAAAUCCCAGAGGUUGCCAGUCCUGGGAUCUGGAAGGUGGUCACACGGUAUGCAAACACUCCACAGAAGACAUUCACUGCAGACUUUGAAGUCAAAGAAUAUGUGCUUCCAACCUUUGAAGUCAUUUUAAGUCCCAGAAAAGUGUUCUUCUAUGUGGGUGAUGAAAGUCUAACAGUCGACAUAACUGCAAAGUAUCUCUUUGGGCAGAAGGUAGAUGGACAAGCAUUUGUGGUGUUUGGUGUGAUGGACGAAGAUAUCAAAACAAGCAUUGCUGCCUCUCUACAAAGAGUUCUGAUAAAAAAUGGAAAGUGUGAAGUAGUUCUGACCAGGGAGAUGAUCCUAAAGACCUUUCCAAACAUGAAUCAGCUGGUUGGAAAGUCAAUCUUUGUUUCAGUCGGUGUUUUAACAGAGACCGGCAGUGAAAUGGUAGAAGCACACAGGAGGGGCAUUCAGAUUGUGACGUCACCAUACACCAUCCACUUCAAGAGGACACCUCAGUUCUUCAAACCUGGAAUGUCUUUUGAUGUCUCGGUUUAUGUGACAAAUCCUGACCAGACACCUGCUGUAAAUGUGCCAGUAGAGGUCAACCCUGAAGUGGUCAGAGGUCAAACAAAAGCCAAUGGCAUUGCAAAAGUCACCAUCAAUUCAGAGGGAGGAUCUUUAACACUGCAGAUCACCGUAAAGACAACAGUCCCGACAUUACAAGCUGAACAGCAGGCAGUGAAGACGAUGACAGCUCAGGCCUAUAAACCCCAAACCAACAACUACCUGCACGUUGGCAUUGAUGCUGCAGAGCUUGAAAUUAAUGAUCAAAUUAAAGUCAAUCUGUACACUGGAAAAAGUCCAGGAGUCAAAGGUCAAGAUUACACAUACAUGAUCACCAGUAAAGGGCAGAUUGUGAAGGCAGGCAGGUUUAAGAGAACAGGACAAUCUCUGGUGACUCUGUCUCUACCUGUAACCAAAGACAUGGCUCCGUCCUUUCGCUUCGUGGCUUAUUAUCAUGUGGGUACAAAUGAGGUGGUGUCUGAUUCAGUCUGGGUUGAUGUGAAGGACACGUGCAUGGGAAAGCUUGAACUUCAGGUACAGGACAAGGACAAUCAUUACAGCCCAGGUGAUGAGUUCAGCUUGCAAAUAACCGGAAACCCUGGAGCAAAAGUUGGACUGGUGGUGGUUGACAAGGCUGUGCAUGUGCUCAACAAGAACAGAUUAACUCAGUCUAAGAUCUGGGACAUCAUUGAGAAACAUGACACUGGUUGUACAGCAGGCAGUGGUAAAGACAGUAUGGGGGUUUUCUAUGAUGCUGGUUUGAUGUUUGAGUCAAGCACUGCUGGAGGAACCAGCACCAGAACAAUCCCUGAAUGUCCUGUCCCUUCAAGGAGAAGACGGAGAUCUGAGAGUAUUCUGCAGGUCACCACGACACUUGCUAGUAAAUACACUGGUGAGCAGAAGAAGUGCUGUGUGGAUGGAAUGAAGGAAAAUAAACUCGGCUACACCUGUGAACGACGAUCCACAUACAUCAUAGAUGGACAAGAAUGUGUUCAGGCUUUCCUGCACUGCUGUAACCAGAUGAAAACCAGCAAAGAGAAAGCUGGAGAGGAAGAGUUGAUUCUGGCUCGUAGUGAAGAAGAUGAUGACAAGUAUACAUCAUCUGAUGAGAUUGUGUCACGGACACAGUUCCCUGAGAGUUGGCUUUGGGAGGAAGUAACACUCCCCGCUUGCAAAAACAAUAACUGUUUAACAACAACACUCACCAAAGAAAGAAUCUACCUGAAAGAAUCUAUCACUACUUGGCAAAUCUUAGGGGUCAGCCUGUCAGACACAAAUGGUAUCUGUGUGGCAGAUCUUCAGGAGAUGAUCGUUUUAAAGAAUUUUUUUAUCGACCUCAAGAUGCCGUACUCAGCCGUUCGCAAUGAGCAACUGGAAAUCAAAGCAAUUAUUCACAAUUACACAAAACAGAAGACGAAGGUGCGCGUGGAGUUUAUGGAGACAGAAAGCGUUUGCAGUUCUGCUAGUAAAAAGCGUAAAUACAGACAAGUGGUUGAAGUUGACCGUCUUUCUACAAGAUCUGUCCCAUUUGUGAUUAUUCCAAUGGAGCUGGGCAAUCACCAGAUUGAGGUGAAAGCUGCAGCAUAUGAUUCUGUCAACACUGAUGGAGUGAUAAAGACCCUGAAGGUGGUGUCUGAGGGUGUAUUAAUGCAGCUGAUGGAGAAAAAUGUGGAGCUUAGUCCUUCUAAGAUAGCAGGUGGAGAACAACAUGAAGUUAUACGAACUGACGCACCACCUGACCAGGUUCCAAACACACCUGCUAGCACUCUCAUCAGUGUAACUGGUGAGGCUAUAACUCAAACAGUCGAGCAGGCAAUCAGUGGAGAUUUCAUGGAUCGACUUAUUAUCCAGCCACAUGGGUGUGGAGAGCAGAACAUGAUCCACAUGACUCUUCCUCUCAUUGCCACUCAUUAUCUGGACAGGACCAAUCAGUGGCACACCGUCGGCAUGGAGCGCCGUAAUGAAGCUAUUAACCAUAUCAACACAGGUUAUAAGAGGGAGCUGGCCUACCGCAAAACAGAUGGGUCCUAUGCUGCGUGGAUAGACAGAGCCAGCAGCACAUGGCUGACAGCAUACGUAGCUAAAGUCUUUGCAAUGGCCAAUCACCUCAUUGCUGUCGAAGAAAAUGUGCUCUGCAGCGCCCUCAAGUGGUUGGUGCUCAACAAACAAUUACCAGACGGGUCUUUCAAAGAGGAUGCACCUACAGUUCAUGGGGAGAUGGUUGGUGAUGUACGGGGCAAAGAUGCUGAAUCUUCUCUGACUGCGUUUGUUCUGAUCGCCAUUCAGGAGGGCAACAAAAUCUGUGCCAAAUCAGUCAGUAGUCUUCAUGACAGUAUGAGAAAGGCGGUUGGCUUUUUGGAAGGUAAACUUCAAAAACUGAGCAAUCCUUACGCUGUUGCUAUGACGUCCUACGCCAUGGCCAAUGCAGAGAAACUCAACGAUGAUAUGUUGAUGAAGCAUUCCACUAAACAGGAAGCCGGAACUGCUUGGAUUGUCCCAGGACAACAUCAUCAUUCUCUAGAGGCCACGGCCUAUGCUGUGCUCGCUCUCGUAAAAGCAAAACAAUAUGACAAAGCGGGAGAAGCUGUGCACUGGCUGGCCAGACAAAAAACUGACUCCUAUGGUUCUGGCUAUGGUUCUGGCACCACACAGGCAACCAUCAUGGUAUUCCAGGCAGUAGCUGAAUAUCGCACACAGGUAAAGAACGAUCAAAACUUCAAUCUAAACGUGGAGCUGAGUGUGGCAGGAAGACACAAAACAGUCACAUGGUCAAUCAGUAAAGAUAACGCACACGUCACACGCUCAGACAAGAUUGACAUAAAUAAGAACUUCAAUGUAACUGCUAAGGGAACUGGAACGGCGACUCUUUCUGUGCUUACCCUGUACUACGCCAAACCUGCUGAGAAGAAUUCUGACUGCAAACACUUUGAUCUAAGUGUUAAAAUUGAACGAGAAAGUGUCGUGAACUAUCCAGGGGCUGAAGAAAGUUACAAGCUUACUAUGGAAUUCUUCUACAAAAAUGAAACAAGAGAUGCCACCAUGAGCAUACUGGAUGUGGGCUUACUGACAGGGUUUAAAGUGGAUGAAAGAGAUCUCACAGAGUUGGCCACAGGGAAAGACAGAUUUAUUCAGAAAUUUGAGAUGAACAAAGAGCUCUCAGAGCGAGGGUCACUCAUCCUCUACGUAGAUAAGGUCUCUCGAACAGACAGAGAAAGAAUUGCCUUCAGAAUGCGUAAGAUGAAUAAAGUGGGUUUGCUUCAACCUGCUGGAGUCACUAUAUAUGAAUAUUAUUCACCAGAUGCACGCUGUACAAAGUAUUACCAUCCUGAAAAGGAAGAUGGCGCUCUAAACAGAUUAUGUCUUGGAGAUUUGUGCCAGUGUGCAGAAGAAAACUGCAGUUAUCAAAAUAAAAAGAAGGUUGAAGAAGAGGACCGUUUGGAUAAGGCUUGUGAAGCUGGCAUGGAUUAUGUUUAUAAAGUCACAGUGGUGGCUAUGAAUCUGGCGAGACACUCAGAUGUCUAUAAAAUGAAAGUGGACCAGGUGUUAAAAGAAGGCACUGAUGAAGGCGUUGAAGGAAAAGAGAGAGACUUCCUGGCUCAUCCCAAUUGCAGGAAAUCUUUGGGAUUCCAAGAAGGCAAGUCGUAUCUCCUCAUGGGCAAAUCCACUGAUCUGCCAAAGCUCGACGCAAGAAUUCAGUACAUCUUAGGUGAGCAGACCUGGAUCGAGUACUGGCCCACAAGAACAGAGAGUCAAACAGAUGGGUAUAGAGAAAGAUACCUGGGCAUCUCUACACUCGUCCAUAAACUCUUUAAAGAAGGAUGCAGUACUUAAUUGUGUGUUGUUUGUUUGGUUUUUUUGCAGAAAAUUAAACAUCUUGCAAUUGCAUUCUUACAGAAUAAAUGUUUAAAAAUAUUGUUUGUCAAAAUACUUUGUUAAAUUUUAUCACUUUGUUUAAGAUUCAUUUAAUAAAAAAAAAUGUUAAUGUGUGGCUCUACUUAA